AUGGUAAAUGAGAUAUCUUCUAUAACAGUUGAAGUAAAUUUGAAUGAUUAUCUAAAAGAUGAAACUCAAGUCAAGAUUGAAAUACCUUUUUUGAUUCUAGCGGAUACUUACAAUUGCACUUUUUCGCAAGAUGGUGAUAGCAAUCAGGCAACACUUUGUACUAGAAAAGGUGAAUUUGAUUCUAUUUAAAAUCCUAAUGAUGAAUAAGCUUACCCUUAAUAAAGUAUUGAGUUAUAUUCUAGACUAAAUGAUCAGUAUGUUUUUGCUGGGUCUUAUAGAGAAACUAAGAAAAAAUACGUAUCUCCCAUUUAAAUGCCUGUAAACUAGUUACAGAUGUCCAUAACAUUUACUUAGAAAGAAUUUUAACCAAUCUUAAUUCAACUUCAAUCAGUUAUUGAAAUGCCUAAAGAGCUAAUCAUAGAGAUAAACUUCCCUGAAGGCUUUAUUCUAGACAAUUAAACUAUAAAAAUUAAGGACUUUAACAUUUCACAAGUGAUUAAAUAAGAUAGUUUAGUUUCAAUCAGAGGAUAAAUGAAAGAUUUACUAUUAAAAAAUCAGUUAAUUAAUUUGCUUAUUGAGAAAGGAAGAGUACCAAGAUUCAAUUUGAAUAAUGAUAAACAGCAAAUCACGAUAAAUUUCAGAUUGCUCAAUUUGGUAUCAAAACAGAGAGCUUAUGUUGAUAUCAGGAAAUUCAUUAAGACAUCUAAUAUUCCUUACUAGUAAUUUAAUUUUCUUGAUAACUAAAACUACAUUCUAUCCUAGUUCAUUGUUUCAAUCAUACCUAUUCAGUUUAAUAACUAAGAAGACAAACUCUAAAUUGAUUUCCCAAAAGAUGUUAAAAUAGAGUCAAAUCUGAUAAAUUGCUAAUCUAAUCUCGGUAUAAUUAUAGAUUGCACUGUUUUAAGAAAUCAGUAACUAACUAUAGAAUUGAAAAACAUGAGCUAAGCUUAAUCUUAAAUUUUCUCAAUAUAUGUUGAAGGAAUUAGAACUCCAAUCAGCUCUAAGCCGAUUUCUUAGAUAUAGAUUAAGCAACUUGACUAUAUGUUUAGAGAGGUAGGAGUAUCAGAAAACGUUAACGUUACAAUAUUUAAGAAUUCAACACCUAUCUUUCCAGAUGUAUAAGUAUACGGUAAUACAUUAGAUUAUGGUUCGGAAAACUAAAUUACUUUUGAAUCUCAUAAUCUACCAAAAUUUGAGCAGGAUGUAUAUUUAGUCCUAAGCAUACCACUGGAUAUAAAGAUUUCAACCAUUAUGAAUCCAACUGAGAUGAUUUACGAAUCUUUCAAUGUAACUUUGUUUGAAGAUUAAGAUUUGUAAUUCGUUAUUGCUGCUCAAGACUCAAUGAUAAUAUUAUCACUGGAUUGUUUAGAUAAGUGCUAGUAGUGUGAUAUUUUAAAUCCAAAUAUUUGCUUUAGAUGCUUUAAUGGAUUUUUCCUUUAGAAUGGAGUGUGCUAAUAAGAAUGCGAAUUAUCUUACUUUAAAAAAGAAGGAAAAUGUAAUAAAUAGAAUGCUAAAAUUGUCCGGAAGCUUGUUCAAAAUGUUCAGAAAACUAAUUUUGUAAUGUAUGCAAUGAAGGAUAUUUUAAUUUUGAGGGAAAGUGCUAAAAAUGCUCAUCCAAUAGCUUUACUAUUGUUGAUGGAAUAUGCAUAAGAAUAAACUAGCAAGAAAUAUUGGAUUAUGACUUUAUAAAACUGUAUACUUCCUUAUUACUUUUGA